AUGCCUAAGGCUUCCACCAAGGCCAAUUCAUUACACCCCAAUCGAAGAUGCCGUCACCAUCACUCGUGGCACCUUGUUCGAUGGCACAUUGGCUGGCGGCACCACCCUUCGACCGCCAAGAACAGUGCGCACUCAGAGGACCUCCCACGCCACGCCACCGUCCCACCCGCCACGCCACCGUCCCGUUCCCGUUCGCCGCGCCUGGAUCCCGCCACCCGUCGGCCGCCGAGGCACGGCCGUGGUCACACGGCCAUCGUGCGCUGCUCCAAUUGCUGCCGCUGCGUUCCCAAGGACAAGGCCAUCAAGCGCUUCCAGGUCCGAAACAUGGUGGAUGCAUCCUCGCAGAGAGACUUGAGGGAGGCCAGUGUGUACCAGACCUUUAUGUUGCCGAAGCUAUACAUGAAGAUGCUCUACUGUGUGUCCUGCGCGAUCCACGGCCGCGUGGUGCGCGUGCGCAACAAGGUCUUGCGCGCCAGCCCCGAAGGCGCGAGCCAGCGAGCGAGCGAGCGAGCGAGCUGGUGA